UGACAAAAACCUAGACCUAGAGGAGCUGAGGUCUUCAGUAGCUGGCUCGUAUUCUUCACCAUUUCUUCGUUUUUAAUCUACUGGUAAUCAUAUCUUUACUCGUGCACAGUAGCCUGUCACUUCUCUCUCACUAUCACUCACGGUCAGUCGGUCACUUUCUCAAAUUUCUCUAACUUCAAAUUUAUUUUACUAAAAGGAUUAUUAUACUUCUCCGUAUGCAUUUUUAUAUGCACCAAAUUAUCAAAGCGGUUGUCUGUAUAUAAACCCUAAUCAUGAGUUUUUCCCUCAGCUCGUUCGUUUUUCUGGGUUGGUGGUUAUUGCUGGACGAGACACCCUACCUGAUGUUGCGGCUUUCCGAAGAUUCAUAGAAACAGCUAAGGGAUCGCACUACAAUAGCGUCUAGCUACUCGUAGGGGAGUAACGUGUUCAGAAAGAUUGGUUCUACUCUCUUCGGAUUUUUGAUCUGCAUCUUUCUCAGGGCGCUGAUUCACAAGGCAGCGUGAUGGGUUCUAGAUUUCCAUCUCAUCAGCUCAGCAAUGGUCUCUAUGUGUCAGGCCGGCCAGAGCAGCCAAAAGAAAGAACUCCAACAAUGAGUUCAGUGGCUAUGCCAUAUACUGGUGGUGACAUAAAGAGGUCUGGAGAACUCGGCAAAAUGUUUGACAUUCCUGUUGAUGGGUCUAAGUCGAGAAAAUCUGGGUCUAUAUCUAAUGCACCUUCAAGAACUCAUUCGGGGCCCAUCAAUCCUAAUGCUGCUGCCAGGGCCGGUUACUCUUCCGGUCCUUUUUCAUCCACAAUGGUGACCGGAUCAACUUCAAUGAAGAAAUCCAAUUCAGGGCCUCUUAAUAAGCAUGGCGAGCCUAUGAAAAAGGUAUCAGGGCCUCUAUCUGGUGGAGGAGCAACGGGGCGUCAAAAUUCAGGACCUCAACCACCGGUUCUUCCAGCAACCGGUUUGAUUACAUCUGGACCCAUCUCCUCUGGCCCACUAAAUUCUUCAGGUGCACCAAGAAAGGUCUCUGGCCCAUUGGACUCGAUGGGCUCUAUGAAAAUGCACGUUCCCUCUAUCGUCAACAACCAAGCUGUGACAACUCUCACUCAACAUGAUGAGUUCUCCUUCAGAAGGAACUUUCCAAAACCAAUACUGUGGGCCAUGGUUUUGCUAUUUCUCAUGGGAUUUAUCGCCGGAGGUUUUAUUCUUGGAGCUGUGCAGAACCCUAUACUUCUAAUUGUGGUUAUUGUUCUGUUUGCUAUUGUUGCGACUCUAUUCAUAUGGAAUUCCUUGUGGGGGAAAAGAGCUAUCAUUGGUUUCAUUGCUGAGUAUCCAGAUGCUGAGUUAAGAACUGCAAAAAAUGGGCAGUAUGUCAAGGUUUCUGGGGUGGUGACUUGCGGAAAUGUACCUCUGGAGUCAUCUUUCCAGAAGGUUCCUAGGUGUGUGUAUACAUCGACAAGUUUAUAUGAGUAUCGAGGAUGGGAUUCGAAAGCUGCAAACCCUACACAUCGUCGAUUCACUUGGGGGGUUAGAUCAUCUGAAAAGCAUGUAGUUGAUUUCUACAUAUCUGAUUUUCAGUCUGGAUUGAGGGCGCUUGUUAAGACAGGCUAUGGGGCAAAAACCACUGCGUAUGUGGAGGAGUCCGUGGUGGUUGAUAUCAAUCCUUUGAACAAGGAGUCAUCUCCGGAAUUCAUCAGGUGGUUGGGGGAGAGGAAUCUUUCAAGUGAUGAUCGUGUAAUGCGAUUGAAGGAAGGAUAUAUCAAAGAAGGAAGCACGGUGAGUGUAAUGGGAGUGGUGCAAAGGAACGAGAAUGUGCUUAUGAUUGUCCCGCCUCCUGAACCAUUCACAACCGGAUGCCGGUGGAUGAAAUGCAUUUUCCCGGCUAGCCUUGAGGGUAUUGUCUUGAGACAUGAAGAUGCAUCAAGAACCGAUGUGAUACCUGUGUGACAGCCACCUGCGUUUGUGCUUCUUUAAUAUGUAGUAUUAUUUCUUUAGGGGGGGUUCAUAUGGUACUGCUAAAAGAUAGAGUUCUGUGGGUUGCAGACAUCCAGUAUAGAUGGUGGUAGUGGCGAUACAAGUGAUUCGUGAAUGAUCAGCCGUGUUUGAUAUAUAUAUAUAUAUAUAUAUAUAUCAUCUAUAUAUAUAGUUGAUUUCUAAUUUUCUGUAUAGUUGGUAGAUUUCCCCCCUUUCAAGGAUAUCUUGCGAUGGGGGAGUAUGAUUGAGUGAUUUGGGAAUGCAAAUGUUUUCCUUGUUUUGAGAACAGUCAGUUAUGCUGGAAUCAAAACCAUUGUGUUGGUUGAUUCUUUGUAUCAUAUAUGAGAAAAUGUUUGAUAUUUAUUUAGUGCUAAUUGUUUGGGGUUAAGGCUGCCAUGUAUUAGUCUUGUGUUAAUUUUGGCGGGAUUAUUUAAUUUAAAUGUGAAUGAUGGUUUACGA